UUCACUCUCACAUUCCUCCGCACGGCUGCCGGCUGGCUUCAUCCCUCUGCUGCCCUCGGAGCCGCUCGGGGUGCCCCAUCCUUGUCCCCGUCCCCAUCCCGCCGGUGCCUGCUGAGAGCCGAUGCGGCUCAGCCCGGCCGCCCUGUUGCCACGGGGCCGGCGUUGAGCCGGGCAGGGUGCUGCUGGCCGCCCUCCCUGCCGGUGCCGGGGCUCCUCGCUUCGAGCCAUGCCUGCCCCGGCCACCGUGCCGAGCACCGCGGGGACACCUCUUCCCACCCUACGCCAGGACACAUGCGGUUUCUGAGCCGCCCGUGCACCCUCAAGGUUCGGAGCUGAGCGGAGGGAUGGGCAGCACCAGCCCCGGGCUGACCGCUCUGCCCCACGGCCGCCUGGCCCGGCCGGAUCCUGCCCUGCUGCCCCCCCCGCAGGACCCCGACACGCGGAGCUGGGGCUGCCCGGAGAGCCCCAGCCCCCCCGCCACCCCCGAGCAGCCCCUGCCUGCCUUCUGCCUGCACUACUUCGACAUGCUCUACCCGGAGGACAUCGCCUGGGCCACCAAGGGCGUGGGGGAACCCUCCCAAAGCAGUGCCCAGGGGGGGCGAGGGGAGGCGCAGAAGGAGCCGGAGCAAUGUCCCAUCAUCGACAGCCAGGGCUUGGGGCUGGGGACCGAGGGGGACCUGCAGGCCAGCCUGCACCUGGAGGAGCACUCGCUGGAGCAAGUGCAGAGCAUGGUGGUGGGCGAAGUGCUGAAGGACAUCGAGACGGCCUGCAAGCUCCUCAACAUCGCCGCAGACCCCGCGGACUGGAGCCCCGGCAACGUGCAGAAGUGGAUCCUGUGGACGGAGCACCAGUACCGGCUGCCGCAGAUCGGGAAGUCCUUCCAGGAGCUGUCGGGAAAGGACUUGUGUGCCAUGUCCGAGGAGCAGUUCUGCCAGCGUUCGCCCGCCUGCGGCGACAUCCUGCAUGCCCACCUCGACAUCUGGAAGUCCGCUGCCUGGAUGAAGGAAAAAGCUGCCCCGGGAGAUGUCAGAUACUGCGGAGGUGACACCAGCUGGGCGGACAGCGAGGUGGACUCGUCCUGCGCCGGCCAACCCAUCCACCUCUGGCAGUUCCUCAAAGAGCUGCUGCUGAAGCCCCACAACUACGGCCGCUUCAUCCGCUGGCUCAACAAGGAGAAAGGCAUCUUCAAGAUCGAGGACUCGGCACAAGUGGCCCGUCUGUGGGGCAUCCGGAAGAACCGCCCGGCCAUGAACUACGACAAGCUGAGCCGCUCCAUCCGGCAGUAUUACAAGAAAGGCAUCAUCCGGAAACCCGACAUCUCCCAGCGCCUCGUCUACCAGUUUGUCCACCCGGUCUGAGCGGCGGCAGAGGGACAGGCUGAGCCCCAGGAGGGACAGGGGACCUUCGCCGCCCCCCUCUGCCUCCCAGCCACAGGAACCACCUUCCAGCGCUAAGGACCACAGCUGGGGUGCCGAGAGGCUCAAUCCCCCCCAGGACCUACUGGCGACGGGCUGUGGGACCCCCCCCUUCACUCCCCAGCCUCGGAAGGGAGGGAUGAGCCCCCAGCUGAGGGACCAGCACCCUCACCUCCUGCCAGCGCUCCCAGGGGAGGGCGGACACGGACUUUGGGGCUGGCGGAGAAGGUGUGGGGUUGAUCGGGGUGACAUAAAGGCGGGUGAAUCUGUGGGUGUCACAAGAGCCCCCCACAGCCCUGGUGCCCUUCAGCAGGGAUCCAAGGUGGGCACGUGGUCACCCAGGGGAGGAGCUGGGGGAUGCAGGACUCCUGCCCCCAGGUCUCUUGUCCCCGGGCACGUUGUCCUCUCACCCCACAGCCCCGGGGCAUCGUCAGGACACAGGGGUCAAGGGCACGUCCCAGCAGAAGACCUCAACAUCCCCACGGCACCAUGCCCCAGGGAUGCUUUGGCAGGGGGAACAACACUGUUGGGGUCACAGUCCCUUCCAGCCGGAUCCUGUCCCCAUGCCACCACCUGUGGGACUGGCUGCCCUCGGUGCCCACCAGGAGUGACCCUGUGCACUGGAUUUACCCCAAAAGGCAGCUCCUGGCCCUCAGCCCUGUUUGGGGUUGGGGGGCAGCGUGGCGGGGGGCUCUGCCCUCUGCUGCACCCCAACCCUCAGCCGCGAAGAAAGGGGCUGCCCCGAUUUCAGGCACGGGGGGGACAGUGGCCGGGCUCGUCCCUCCCUCCCGGGCACUGGCUGCGGGUGGCUUCGCCCCGGCCAUUGUUCGGGGAGGACAAAGCCCAGGCGCGUGAGCAGGGACAAUGGCACCCGCAGGGACAAUGGCACCCACAGCUGCUCCUCGGCCGGGCUCUCUCUGACCCCAUCUGUGCGGGAGCAGCCUGGCACCGGCGGCACCGCAGCACCCAGGGGUGCUGCCGGCCACGGGGGCUGGGUGCUGGGUAACUGAGGACCACGGGCACCUCCUCGGGAUGGGUGUACCCCCCCCCCUUCACUUCCUGCUCGGUUUCUCCCCUCCGCAGGGAUUUGGGGCUGAAAAUGGGUGUUUUGCAAAGGGAGCGGCUGUAAGACGUGGGUGAGGGGCUGCGCACUUUGGGGCAUCCCUGCAGGCGCGAGGGGUCCCUCGAGCCGGGUCCCCCAUCCCUGGGCACGGGGCCACCCAGAGCCCCCCGAAGCCCCCAGGUCCUUGGCCCUGGCACCGGGCUCUUCCCUUGAUUUGGAUUUUAUUUGGACUGCCUGAUUCCUGAGUUUGGGAAAAGGGAGAUGGCGGCUUUGCCGCUUCCCUCUGGAUGGUAAAUCUGAAACGCAACCCCCUGAGCCCGGACUGGGACGGAAAACCGGGGAUUGCCUAAAGUGCACGUUUCACGAGAGUCUGAGUUACCUGCUGAUGUUGAUCUUUUAUAUUAUAUUUUUUUUUUAUUUGUUUAUUUGCUUUUUGGUUUUGGCUGGCGGCAAAUUGCGGUUUAGUUUCAAAUGACGAGGGUAGACAGGUGGCCCGGGUACCCACGAGAUGCUUUGUGGGAGGGAAAAAAAGCCACCUGGUUGUUGGUCUUUUGUUUUUAACUUAAAAUAGCUGCCUGUAACAGCUCCUGCCUCUUUCUGUUUGUUCUGCCUGUGUCAUACUCUUCACACGGCAGAGGAGUGGAUGCGCUUCGGCCAGCCUUGCAAUCAUCCCGGCCGGAGGGAUGGAGGGCGGCCGGAGGGAGGAGAGGAGCAGGAGAAAAAACUGCCUUGGCCUCUGGAGAAGUGGGGGGAGGAAAAAAAAAAAGAAAUAGGGGGGGUAGGGGGGGGAAAGCAAAAGGUGUCUUGUGAUUUCCUGCGUGUGACCGACGCUCUUGUGUGGGGAGCACCGUGAGGAUGGGCUGGGGGUGA